GUUAAAUUGUAUCAUAAAGAAAGUUUUCUUCGCAUAAGCAACCGAGACAAAGAAGUAGUAAGAUGCCUUCCUAUACGUUGUAUUAUUUCAACGGCCGAGGACGGGCGGAGGUCCUUCGAAUGUUGUUCUCUGCAGCAGGAGUUCAGUUUCAGGACAAACGAAUUGAGUUUUCAGAAUGGAGCCAUUACAAAAGCAAGGCACCGUGUCGCUGUUUGCCAUAUUUGGAAAUUGACAGUGUUACCAAAAUACCGGAAUCCAUGGCUAUAUCUCGAUAUCUUGCUAGAGAAUUCGGAUUCCACGGAAGAACGAACAUGGAUAUAUUCCGGGUUGAUUAUAUCUGCGACUGUUUUUAUGAUAUCUUUCAUGAUUACAUGAGAUGGUUUCAUGAGAAACACGGACGAUUCAGAACUGGUUGUUGUCCUAGUCUCAGCUCUUGUAUCCACCACCAUGACCGAGAAAAUGACAUGAAACUUCGUUACAUUGAUACAUGUAGAAGAAUAUUACCGUUUCUGGAGAUGACGUUAGGAUCCUUCAAUGGAGGCAAGCAGUUUUUCAUGGGAGAACAGAUUAUGCUGUGUGAUAUGAUGUGUUAUUGUUGUUUGGAAGGCCCAAUGCGAGACAACCAGUCGUUAAUGAACGGCUACCCGAAUCUGAUGGCUCUCAGACAGAGAGUAUCCAGCCAUCCUAAAAUAUCUAUGUAUCUGAAGAAACGCAGUCAUAGUGAUUGGUAAUGUUCACAUGAAAUCACAAUACAUACUCCUACGUAUACCCUUGUCACCUUUCAUAUAUGUA